AUAGAAAGGAACAGAAGGAAAUCUUCUCGUCAGUCCAAAAGAGGAAGCAACAAUGUGUUUCCUGACCACCUGCUACCAAGACUCAUGAGUCAUACCACAAUCGCAGCGAUGGAGGUGCUGCUGCGCUCACACCUCCUGAUAGUUAUCAUUUCAGUGCAUGCGGCCCACUCCCACAGAAUCUCACAUGGACUUUCCUGUGCAAAUGACUUUUACAACAAUGUCAGCUGCACGCUGAACAGCUCUGCCGUGGGUCCUGGUGCAGACUGUUGGCUUUCGGUUGUGAUGAAAAUCUGGAUACAUGGCCAUUCUGUCCCGUAUAGCCAAAAAUGCAAGCUUGAACAACAUGAGAACUCUCUGUUUGGCUGCAGUAUUGUCUUUGAAAACAAAACUUUAAAUCCUUUUCAAAGACUGAACUUUAGUGUGAAUUGUAAUGGAGUGUUAGUGGAGGCCCUAAAAAACUAUCGCCCAGGAGAUUGCAUUAUAAUGAAUCCUCCAAGUGCUCCCAAUGUCAGCAUCAACGGCACAGACCUCUACAUAACGUGGAGCCCAGGCGAAAAAAUCACAGAGUACUUGUCACACCUUUACUUCCAUAUCCAGACCAAAAACAGUGACCAAGAAUGGAUGGAGGCCAGAGAUUUCAAAACACAAGAAAGAGAGCUGCGAUUAGCUCUGUCUGAACUAAAGGGGCAUGGGGACGUCAGAGUGAGAGUCAAAACUGAAAAAUAUGCUAACAGCCACUGGAGCCACUGGAGUCCAGCGUCAUCCUGGAAAGUGAAUUCAUCGAACAACCUUGAGGGAAUUAGUCUGUCUUCACUGGUGAAGAUGGGACUGCUCGGCAGCGUGUGUUUCGUUAUUGUUGUUGUGCUGGUCGUUUACAAAAGAUGCAACACCAGGGGGCUGCUCAAAGGGAAGGCAGUACCGAACCCUUCAAAGUAUUUCCAGUCGCUGCACUCUGUCCACGAAGGAAACCUAAAGAAAUGGUUGAAUCCGCUCUCAGUUUCAGAGUCGUUCUUCACAGUACAGCCCAUCGACCAAAUCUCCCCCGUGGAGGUGUGUGAGGACUUUGAUGUAGUCCCCUCCACCUCUCCCUCCUCCAGCUCCAGCAGUGCCCUGCUUCACUUCCAGAACUCAGACACCAGCGGCAUCGCCAACAAUUCCGCCUCUUCGUCUGUCUUCUCAAACCGGAGCUAUUUCACCUCCAGCUCCUCCGGUGGCUUCGCUUGCAUUGACCCCACCCCGGCCUACUUUACCUACCACGACGAUUUUCACCCGUCCCUCUGCCCUUCGCUCUGCGGUUUUCCAACCUACGAGAGUUUGAAGAGGGAGCCGCAGAGCCCAGACUCAGGCUUUGGAAUCGAACUUGAAGCUGACAAUGAGGAAGAAAGGUACAUGGAAGGAGGAGAGCAAUUUCUCUUGGAUGAUCACAACAUUCCUUUCCUCAUCCUUCCUGUACGCUUUCCUCCACACACAUGUCCCGCCUUCUCUCCUCCAACACCUCCCAGCCUCCUUGUUGAACCACAGAUGUCCUCUGACAGCCAUCAGGAGGAUACACCCAUGACAGCUGCUAGCGAUGAUAGCUCUUCAGCCUGGCUCGUGCCUGGCGCCAUGUGCAGAUCUUCCUCCAUGCCCGUGGAGCCCGGUAAAACCGGCUACCUGACACUCAAAGAGCUGCAGGCAACAUUCAGCAACAAAUCCAUCUGAAAAGUUGCGAUUAGAGUUUCUAUGCAGUCAAUUAAAACUUCUUCUGUUUACACAACAAACAAAGUGUAACUUCUAGUCUGACAAAGAAACGAAUUCCACGAUCGCCUACAUGAUUUAUUCGUGUACGAGUUAUUUUGCAGACAUUAGAGCACAACAGAAAAUGCAAAAUUGACAUAUCAACAAAGAUGUUGAGCACGAGCGGGAUACACAGCAAAUCGCCGUGCAUUUUUGAUAACAAGUGCCUAAAUAAGUGCCUGAAUGUGUUUCAGCAUGGCUGCUGAGUGCUUAGACUUGCUUCCAGAAGCAAAGCGUUACUUUAUAAAGCUUUAUGGCAAGUGUGCCGGCAAUCACCCAGUGUAAUCAUGGUGAAAGCGAGCGUAAUACUCUUUCUAUCGUUUCCUUCCAUCAAACAUGUAGCUGUAUAGCUGCUGAAUGCUAGUGGUGAAUGUAUUUUUGUUGGAAAGCUCCCAUUCAGCAAGCUGAUCUGAGUUUUGGCAUUAAGGAACGUUAAUAAAGGGGAAAAAAAAGCUACAUAGGUCUAAGGGGAACUCCAGUGAUAUUUCUGUGCCAGUAAACUAUGACAAAGGGCAAUUUUAUAUAACAUAUAUAGUCAUUUAAUCAGCUGUUGCUAUAAAAGUAGAGAAGCUUUCCUGUUUACAUGCUAAUUGGUUAAUGUAGGUUUCACUUUCACACUUCUGGUCUUUUGUUUAGAUGUUUUGGAACCUAUAACUGGUAUCAUAGCAAGAAACAUAUGCACAUAAAUCAGUGUUUCUGACAGAGCAUGCUAACCAGCAACCUGCUCCUGAAAGCAGUACAACGCUGCACAGUUAACCAGCAUGUAGGCUGCUGCGGGGGCAUCAUUUAGCCUCAUACUUAGCAUCUCAUCAUCAUGUCGUACUUUUAGAAAAGAGCCUUAAACAAAAAAAAUAUGUAUAAAUGCCACUUUUUAAAAAAAGCAACAACACAUAAAUGCCCUUUUAAAGUUUGCUUUUUAUUACUUUAAAUGAAUUCCAAAUAAUCAAAUAGUAUGAGAGCGCUUUAAAGCUACUUCUUUUUUUGUUUUGUUGUUAGACAGAAAAUGAUUUGUUGCUGCAGGUUGAUUUUGAACAUUUGAAGUAGUGAAAUGUUCUUUUUUUGAUGAAGUAUUGUGUGUGCUUAUUAUGAUAAUCAUGAUGCGUUUCGGCUGCAUAAAAUUGAAAGGGAAGGGACCAAGUCUACACCAGCAGUAAGCAUUAUGUUGAUUCGAGUUAACACUGACCUGUUGUUGAGAAAGAAAAAAAAGGCAGCUGGUUUGCCUUUGUGUUGUUUUUAGUGUGUAUUUGCUAUUGUGCUGAUAUAGCCUUUAUUCUUCUGUCUGUAAUGAUGAACAUUUAUAAUCACUCAGAG